CAGGACUGAAAUACGUUAAUGUGGGUGAUUUAGCUCGAGAAGUCUGAUCACCGGAUAUCAUGGAGUCUGGCAAGAUGGCUUCUCCCAAGAGCAUGCCGAAAGAUGCACAGAUGAUGGCACAAAUCCUGAAGGAUAUGGGGAUUACAGAAUAUGAGCCAAGAGUUAUAAAUCAGAUGUUGGAGUUUGCCUUCCGAUAUGUGACCACAAUUUUAGAUGAUGCAAAAAUUUAUUCAAGCCAUGCUAAGAAAGCCACUGUUGAUGCAGAUGAUGUGCGAUUGGCAAUCCAGUGUCGUGCUGACCAGUCUUUUACCUCUCCUCCCCCAAGAGAUUUUUUAUUAGAUAUUGCAAGGCAAAGAAAUCAAACCCCUUUGCCAUUGAUCAAGCCAUAUUCAGGCCCUAGAUUGCCACCUGACAGGUACUGCUUGACUGCUCCAAACUAUAGACUUAAGUCUUUACAAAAAAAGGCAUCUACUUCUGCAGGAAGAAUAACAGUUCCAAGAUUAAGUGUUGGUUCAGUUACUAGCAGACCAAGUACUCCUACACUUGGUACACCAACCCCACAAACCAUGGCUGUUUCAACUAAAGUAGGGACUCCAAUGUCCCUUACAGGGCAAAGGUUUACAGUACAAAUGCCCACUUCACAGGCCCCAGCUGUAAAGGCAUCAAUUCCUGCAACAUCAGCAGUUCAAAAUGUUCUUAUUAAUCCAUCAUUAAUUGGGUCCAAAAAUAUUCUUAUUACCACAAAUAUGGUAUCACAAAAUACUGCCAAUGAAUCAUCAAAUGCAAUGAAAAGAAAACGCGAAGAUGAUGAUGAUGACGAUGACGAUGAUGAUGACGACUAUGAUAAUUUGUAAUCUAGCCUUGGUGCUUGUAACGUGUACUUGAUCUUGAAUCCAUUGUAUUGAGAUUAAACAUUGCAUGCUGGAUGUUUUCAAGUUCUGUUGUAGAAAACUUAAAAAGUAUUUAAUGAGUAAAUAUAGUUAACAUACCUUUCAAUUAAGAUGUUGCUUUUUCUUUAAUAGGAUUAUUAAUGGUUUUUCAUCAGCCUUUAAGUGUGAAAAAAUAAAGAUUUCAUUCAUCAAUUUGACUUUCGGUACUUUGGCAGUUAUGUUUUUAGAAGCAGUUUCCCCCUCAUCACCAACAGGAUUAACAGUUGCAACAACUGUUGUUUCUAUUCAUUAAUGCUAUAGUGUCACAUUUAUUACAUUCAGAUGUUUAGAGCAUAGUAUGAUCUCUGGUGUAUAGAUCACUCUUAAGGUCCAUUCUUUUAGAUUGCUGAUGGAUAGCCAUGUCUUUUUGGAGAGACUGUUUAAACUUUUCUACAUAGUGAAUCCUCACAUUUGAAUUUUCCUCCUCAAUUGCCCAAUUUUAUUAGGUCUCACUCUUCUGUCUCCUUGGUUGGUUUUUUAAGGAUCCUUGAUGUAUCUCCUAGUAUCUCCCCAAUUAAAAUUUAAAAAAAUCGUUUCCAUUCCUUUUUGCCAGGUCAAUUUGAUACUAUAAGCCAGUAUCAUGCUAAUAAUUUUAAUUCAACUCUGGCAUUUAAGUUACAAUUAAUAAAGCUUAGAUCAUUCUCUGUGUUAUGCCUCUAUGAAAUCUUUUUGUUACUUGAAGUUUACUUUCAUGUUUUUGACACGAUUUCAGUUAUUUUUCAGUUCUAAUCUCUGCUAUAUAAUCUAUCAUGAAUAGCACUGAGAGGAACAGUAACAACAGACCAAGGAUAAUUCACUGUGAAAGACUCAUCUUCCUCUUCAAUGGGCCUUCUCCUUGUUCUCACACCAUUUUAACCAAAGUUGUACACCAACAGCCUCUCCACUUCCUUGAUGAUAGGCUGUGGAAUCCAAGCCUUACAGGAGAAGUGGGUUCCCCGCCCUCAUCCUGCCAGAUAAAGGGUUUCUGGUCUCACUUGACAUGGUGUUAUAUGAGGUACUUUAAGUACCUCAUAUAAGUUUUCUCAAAAUGUACCAAUUUUUUCCCUCAGGUGCCAUUUGAAUUUAUCUAAAACAUCUUACUAAACUAUAAUAUGAGACAUCUAGUCUCCUUUUUUCCAAAUGAUGGUAUAUUUUAAGAUAAUCUAUGCAAUCAUCUAUGAAGGAGCAGUUCUCGACUGAGGGUGAAUUUGUCUGAUAAGACAUGUGGUAGUUACAACUGGGGUGGGAGUGGGACAAUCACUAAUAGAGGUGAGGGAUUCUAUUGAAUAUCCAGCAACUCAGAGAUAGUCCUCUGCUCUCUCUCCAUAACAGCAGUAUUUGAGCUGGUUGAGAAACUGCUAUAAGUAGAUGAGAUUUUUCCCCCCCCCUGGUUUUAAAUGUAUCUAAAUAGAAUUUGUUACCCUCCUAGUAAUGUUGAAUUGCUAUAUUUGUAAGAGACUAUCUUUAUGUCAUUGGAACCUAGGCAGGGAAAAUUAGUUGGACAAUAAAACUAA